UAUACACGACCAAAAUUUGUGCAUUAUUCACAACUCAAGCUCUUGCCUUAAUUAGAACCCACAGAUCCUUCUUGCAGUCUUCGGAAUACAUUAACGAAUGCUUCUUCUUUUUUUCACCUAACUGGAGAUAUGGCAGCCACUUGCUUCACCCAAGAGUUCACGACCUCUGUUGCCCCAUCUAGGAUGUUCAAGGCACUGAUCCUAGACUCCCACAACCUCAUCCCGACCAUUGCCCCUCAGGGGAUCAAGAGCAUCCAGUUUGUGGAGGGAGACGGUGCUGCUGGUAGCAUCAAGCAGACCAACUUUGCCGAUGGUGGCCACUUGAAAUGGCUGAAGCACAGGAUCGACGCAAUUGAUGCAGAGAAGCUUGUAUGCAAGUACACUCUGAUCGAGAGCGAUAUCGCAUUCGACAAGAUCGAGUCGGUGGUGUAUGAGGUGAAGUUUGAAGCUUCUAGUGAUGGUGGGUGUGUUUGCAAAAUGAUGAGCGAGUACCACGUCAAACCGGGUGUGGAGUUGAAGGAGGAGGACAUCAAGCAGGGCAAGGACAAAGCGAUGGGACUCUAUAAAGUUGUCGAGGAAUACCUUCUUGCUAAUCCUGAAAUCUAUGCCUAAACGAGCAUCUUACUUGUUUUUAUUUGCUGGAAUUUACAUCGUAUUGUUUCCUAUAUUGUUUUUUCUCCCCCAUAUUUGGAUGUUUUCAAUGUUUUUCACUUGAUAUAAAUGUAUGGAAGGGGCAUUGAAAUAAGAAAUUUUUUUUAUCUUA